AUGCAAGAAUUCACAGUUGUAAUUGUUGGUGGUGGUCCUUCUGGCCUAGCAAUUUCAGCUUUACUUACACAAAAUUCAAUCUCGCAUAUCAUACUUGAAAAAGAAGAUUGCAAUGCUUCUCUUUGGAGAAAAAAUGCUUAUGAUCGUUUAAACCUUCAUUUAGCAAGUGAAUUUUGCUCUUUACCUCUCAUGUCUCAUCCACCCUCUAGCCCAACAUAUCUAACCAAAGAUCAGUUUCUUCAAUACAUAGAUAAAUAUGUUGAUCAUUUUGGCAUAAAACCCCUUUAUUAUCGUGUUGUCGAGUCCGCUGAGUAUGAUGAAGUUAGAAACAAAUGGAUUGUUGAAGCAAAAAACACCAUAGAAGGUACAUUAGAAGUUUAUGGGGCAGAGUUUCUUGUGAUUGCUUCUGGCGAAAAUAGCGAAGGUUUUAUUCCUAAUGUACCUGGAUUAGGACAGUUUGAAGGAGAUGUGGUACACUCCAAGUACUACAAAUCUGGUUCAAAAUAUGAAUUAAAAGAGGUUUUGGUGGUUGGGUGUGGUAACUCCGGAAUGGAGAUUGCCUAUGAUCUCCAUAACUGGGGUGCUAACGCUUCCAUUGUCAUUCGAAAUCCGCUUCAUGUCUUCACAAGAGAUAUGAUUCGUCAAGGGAUGCGUUUGGUGCAAUAUUUUCCAGUUUAUAUUGCAGAUCUAAUCAUUACCCUUCAAGCAAAACUAAAAUAUGGGGAUCUGUCUAAAUACGGUAUUUAUCGUCCUAAAGAUGGACCUUUAUAUCUCAAAAACAUUACAGGAAAGUCUGCAGUAAUCGAUGUUGGAACCAUUGAAAAGAUUAAGCAAGGAGCUAUAAAGGUUGUUCCUUCAGGUAUAAAGAAAAUCGAGAACAAGAAAGUUAUCUUUGAAAACAAUGUUGAGAAAGAUUUUGAUGCCAUCAUUUUUGCUACCGGCUACAAAAGUGUAGCUAAUGGAUGGCUAAAGGAUUACAAAUAUGCUCUUAAUGAAAAUGGAUUCCCUAAAAAUCCUUUCCCAAAACAUUGGAAGGGAGAUCAUGGAUUGUAUUGUGCAGGGCUAGCAAGGAAAGGUUUGUUUGGAGUCAAAAAAGAUGCUGAGGCAAUUGCAAAAGACAUCAAUGAAACUCUUAAGUUGAAGAAUUAAUUAGUAUCAUCCAUUGAAUAAGCUUUUUAUGACUUUUA